AUGAGCAGUGUGGCCACGCAAUCUCGUAACAACCUGGCCGGAAAGCAGAGACGCAGUCUCUCCGGUCAAGGGGGCUUGCUGAACAGAAUGUUUGGUAGCUCCAGCGACGACAGGAAGGAUGCGGUGACCGGCGAUGGCAGCCAGAAGAGCGAACCCCCACAAAGUCCCAUGCCGCCCAGCAACACCACCGCCAUCGAAGAGAGCAAAGAUGAGGUUCCGAACGACAUGCGAAGUCCGACGCGAAAGUCGACGGAUGAGCCCACCUCCACCGACAAGAAGCGGCGGAGUAGCGGUGUUGGACGCGCACGCGACCUCUUCAGCAGCGCGAAGGCAUCUCUCCACAGCCUUGGGGGCUCGCCGGACAGCAAGAGUUCAGACAGGACUCCCCAGACACCGAUGCAAAGGCUGGGGAAGAUGGACCCGGCAUUGAGCGUUCCAACUGGCUCACUGAACAACUCAGCUGGAGAGUCGCAUCCAGGUCCCCGGUCGACGUUCCGCGUUGGGGUGACCGAGGACAAGAACAAGAAGUGCCGGCGCACUAUGGAAGACACCCAUGCAUAUCUCUACAACUUCCUCAGCACGCCUGCUCCAGCACUGGGAUCGGACAACAACGGCAAGAGCCGCACUUCUCAAGCGGACUCGACCACUUCCGCCCUGUCGGAACAGGGCGUCGUGGAAACAGACAAUGGAUAUUUCGCCAUCUUUGACGGGCAUGCAGGUACCUUCGCCGCCGAGUGGUGCGGCAAGAAAGUGCACAUUCUUCUGGAAGAAAUCAUACGCAAGCAUCCGAAUACACCUAUACCAGAGCUCCUCGAUAUGACCUUCACCUCCGUAGAUCAGCAGCUCGAGAAGCUGCCUUUGAAGAAUAGUGGUUGCACGGCUGUAAUUGCCGUCUUGCGCUGGGAGGACCGGAUACCGAAUUCUCAAUCGGCGACUGGCUCGACCGCCAUCGCGCCAGCGGCUGCUCAGGCAGUUAAGGGCGAGAGCCAAAGUUCUGAGACAGAUCAAGCAGAGUCGAAGUUACGCGAGACCGCCUCCCGCCAGCGCGUGCUCUACACGGCUAACGUGGGAGAUGCGCGGAUCGUCUUGUGUCGGAAUGGCAAAGCCCUCCGCCUGUCGUACGACCACAAAGGAAGCGACGAGAAUGAAGGCAAGCGGAUCGCAGGCGCUGGAGGCCUGAUCCUGAAUAACCGUGUCAACGGAGUUUUGGCUGUGACUCGUGCCCUAGGUGAUGCCUAUAUGAAGGACCUGGUCACGGGCCACCCAUAUACGACGGAGACGGUCAUUCAGCCGGAAAUUGACGAGUUUUUGAUUUUGGCCUGUGACGGGCUCUGGGACGUCUGCUCCGAUCAAGAAGCGGUGGACCUUGUCCGCACUAUCGAGGACCCACAGACCGCCGCCAAAGCGCUUGUCGACCACGCUCUCGCGCGCUUCUCGACUGACAACCUCUCCUGCAUGGUCGUGCGCUUCGACAGCGACAAGGUGCAGGAGACGGCGCAGAACAAGACCGACCCCAUCGGCGUCGAAGGCGACCCGGCAACGAAGCCAGGCGGCCUGAGCGAAGCAGAACACAUCGUUCUCGACGCGAAGAAGAAGCUCGACGAGAGUGGUAUCGAGACUCUGGACCGUGUGCCGACGGAGGAGAUUGAGCGGCAGCAGGAGCACGAACCCGGGCCGGAGCUGAACGCGGAUGCGCUGGAAGCUGCGAAGAAGAAGGCGGCUGCGAAUAGCUAG